GCGGACCCGUUCUGAUUCUUCUCAGUUGCAAGCUGCAGACCCGGGCUGUUAAAACCAGGCCGGAGGGAAGCCGCUGCCCCAAAGACGCUGGGCCGUCAGGGCCGGUGCAGGCCUAAGCCGAUCCCCUUGCUGGGCGCCCUCACCUGGGCACUCUCCCGGUUCGCUCACCGGAGGCCAGACCCGCCCGGCGAGCCGCAGGGCCCUCUGGGAAGUGCUACCCAGCUUCUAACGGACCCAGAGUUCUUCCUCUGCUGAAAAUCCUUUUAGAAACUGAAAAUUGAUUGAAUGUUGGACACCUAUCAGUCACAGUUUUUGGUGCUUGGGAUAGAGCAGUGAAGAGAAGAACCAGCCCCUCAGCUACCAUGAUAUUCACAUCACUGUGGACCAGAUAAUAAACAAACUCAGCCUGCUCAGCCGCCCCUCCCCAAGAAGAGGAAAUGACAGAGUCGAAGGGAACAGUGACAUUCAAAGAUGUGGCUAUAGAUUUCACCGCAGAAGAAUGGGAGCGAUUGGACCCUACUCAGAGGAGCCUGUACCGGAGCGUGAUGCUAGAGAACUACAGCAACCUUGUCACAGUGGGCUCUCCACUCACCAAACCUGAGGUGAUUUUCAAGUUGGAACAAGAGGAAGAACCGUGUGUGGUGGAGAAAGAAGUAUUAAAGAGAUACUGUCCAGGAGAAAAUUGGGAAGUUGAUGAGCACGAGAAAACACAGAACAAACUCUUGAGACAAGUUUUCAAGGAAACAGUGACUGAUGAAGCCAGUGAAUGUCCUAAGAAAUUUGCAAAUACAUUUCCUCCAAAUGCAGAUUCCAUUCCUUCCAGACACAAUCUCUGUGAACAUGACUGCUUUGGAAAGUGCUUAGAACACAAUCUUGAUGACCAUAAUAAUGCAAAAUGCCCAAUAACAGAGGAACAUUUUGAAUAUGAUGAUGCUAUGAAAUCAUUUAAUAAUAGCUCACCCUAUUUUGUAGUGACCCCCUUUAAAUGUAACCAUUGUGGAAAAGGCUUUAGUCAAACCUUGGACCUCAUUAGACACUUGAGAAUUCAUACUGGUGGGAAACUCUAUGAAUGCCACCAGUGUGGAAAAGGGUUUAGCCUCAAGGAAAAACUUAUUAAUCAUCAUAAACUUCAUAGUAGGGAACAGUGUUAUGAGUGUAAUGAAUGUGGGAAAACUUUCAUUAAAAUGUCAAAUCUCAUUAGACAUCAACGAAUUCACACUGGAGAGAAACCAUAUGCAUGCAAGGAAUGUGGAAAAUCCUUCAGCCAGAAAUCUAAUCUCAUUGAUCAUGAAAAAAUUCAUACUGGUGAGAAACCCUAUGAAUGCAAUGAAUGUGAAAAAUCCUUCAGCCAGAAACAAAGCCUCAUUGCACAUCAGAAAGUUCACACUGGGGAGAAACCGUAUGCAUGCAAUGAAUGUGGUAAAGCCUUCCCUCGGAUUGCUUCCCUUGCUCUUCAUAUGAGAAGUCAUACAGGAGAAAAACCUUACAAAUGUGAUAAAUGUGGAAAAUCCUUUUCUCAGUUUUCCAUGCUUAUUAUACACGUGAGAAUCCACACAGGUGAGAAGCCCUACGAAUGUAAUGAGUGUGGAAAAGCCUUCUCCCAAAGCUCAGCGCUCACUGUGCAUAUUAGAAGUCACACAGGUGAAAAACCCUAUGAAUGUAAGGAAUGUAGAAAAUCCUUCAGCCAUAAGAAAAACUUCAUUACACACCAGAAAAUUCAUACCAGAGAGAAACCUUAUGGAUGUAAUGAAUGUGGGAAAGCUUUUAUUCAGAUGUCAAAUCUUGUUAGGCACCAGAGAAUUCAUACCGGAGAAAAACCUUAUAUAUGUAAGGAAUGUGGCAAAGCCUUUAGCCAGAAAUCAAAUCUCAUUGCUCAUGAAAAAAUUCAUUCUGGAGAGAAGCCCUAUGGAUGUAAUGAGUGUGGGAAAGCCUUCAGCCAGAAACAAAACUUUAUUACACAUCAGAAAGUUCAUACUGGAGAGAAACCUUAUGAUUGUAAUAAAUGUGGCAAAGCCUUUUCUCAGAUUGCAUCCCUUACUCUUCAUUUGAGAAGUCACACAGGAGAAAAGCCUUAUGAAUGUGAUAAGUGUGGGAAAGCCUUCUCUCAGUGCUCUUUGCUUAAUUUACAUAUGAGGAGUCACACAGGUGAGAAGCCUUAUGUAUGUAACGAAUGUGGGAAAGCCUUCUCUCAAAGAACUUCCCUUAUUGUGCAUAUGAGAGGCCAUACUGGUGAGAAACCCUAUGAAUGUAACAAGUGUGGAAAAGCCUUCUCCCAGAGCUCAUCCCUUACCAUCCACAUACGAGGUCACACGGGUGAGAAGCCCUUUGACUGCAGCAAAUGUGGAAAAGCCUUCUCCCAGAUCUCAUCUCUGACUCUUCAUAUGAGGAAGCACACGGGAGAAAAGCCCUAUAACUGUAUCGAGUGUGGCAAAGCUUUCAGCCAAAAGUCACACCUUGUUAGACACCAGAGAAUCCACACUCACUAGAAACUCCCUGAACACUGAGUGUAGGAACUGCCUUCCAAUGAAACGAACACCUUCUAGUACAGUACAUGAUCCAUUCUAGGGCAGAGAGCUAUGAGUAUAGGAAAGCCUUGUGAAGAACCCACAUAUUUAUUAGAGAAUUCUCAGUGAGACCACCAAUUGUAUGAGGAAACUGACUGAGGAACUGUGAAUAAACUAAUUGAUAGCUAAUCUGUAUUCUCGUUCAAAUCUGAAAGUAUCUGCUGAGUAUCAACAUACUUGAGCUCCUUGUAUGAAGCAAGAUAAGAAGAUAAGCAACAUAAGAAACAACCUUUGGUAGGCACUAUGAGACUAUGAAAAAGUAGGUUUUGUACAAGAAUGUGUCAAUAAGAAAAUCUAAUAAUUGGGUGGCACGUCUACAAAGUUGCAAAACUUGCUGAUGGUUACAAAAGAAUGCCUGAAAACUCGAGUUAGCAAAUUAUAAAAAUACCAGUACUCUUCUAAUUUUCUACCUCUGUUAUACGUCUACCCAAAUUUACACAUUGGUUGUAAAGAAAUUCAUAAACUGGUUUCAGAGUAAUACAGCAAGGCAAAGGACAAAAAAUAAGAACCAAACAUUUUUUUUUUUGACAAAACAACUAGGGAAGAUGCUCACUACUAGAUAUCAUUACAUUAUUUAAAGUUUUUCUCAUUUAAAUUCUCUCAAGUGAAUAAGCAAACUAUCUGAAACAAAUUGAGGAUUUGCAGAGAAAUUCAAGACUUGGCCAUUUUGUGUGUGGGUAGUACUACUGAAAUCAUUGGAAUGAGUCUAGCCUAUUCAAUAUAUGUAAAAUUCAUAUGACCUAAACAUGUUACUCCUCAACCAUACAUAUAUGACUCAGCUCAUAGGGUGCUUGCUGCCAAGCCUGAUCCCUGACUUUGAUCCCCAGAAUCUACAUGGUGGAAGGAGAGAACUGACUCCCAUAGUUGUCCUCUGAACUCUAAUGGCAUGCCACGUCAUGCAUGUCCACACACACAGAUACACACAUAGUCCAAAUAGAUAAAAUCCUAAAACUGAUGGAAAUAAAACAGAAUAUGUCACUUUAGAGUAAGAGUAUCAAAAAUAACCCCACAAACAUGGAAUAGUCUAUUUACUUUUAGUGUGUAACCCACGUAUGUAUACAAAGAGAAAUAUAUCAGUAUGUUCCCAGAAUCAUGGUUUGUAUUGCUCCAAAGUGUAACAUUUUCAUCAACAAAUAGAUCAGUAUGUUUAUUUCUAUGAUAGGAUACUAUACUGUAAAAUAUACAACAUUCACAUGUAGUUACGUGGAUAGGCCACAAUAUUUUGAGAGAAAAAAAGUGAAAUAUACAGUGAAUAAUGGUAUAAUAUUUGUAACUUAAUAAACCAGUUCAAAGAACAGUAAUACCAUUUAUGGUAUUAGUUGCCUUUGAGGAUGUAGAUGGGUUUUGUGGGAGUUGUUACAUUGAUCUGUAAUACUUCUUUAAUAAAAGGAUGAAAGCAAAUAUUACAGAGCUGACAAGUCUGGUUGUCAAAAUUAGUUCUAGGACUUUAAAGCUUUAGUUGCCUGCUUUUUCUAAAGUAAGUCAGUAGGUACAGGAUGCGUGGCCUUAUAGAAUUGGUUUUAGAAUAGCAUGUGUGUGUUAUUUUUAUUUAAUCUUCAUAUAAAUAAGCCUGAUUGAAGAUGCUUUGUUUACUGUAAGGGUUAGAAGUUUUCUUAAAGACUCAUGUGUUGAGAGCUUGGACUCCAAAACAGGUAUUUAUGAGUGAUUUGAUCUUGGUGUUCAGACCUCUUCAAAUGUUUAGCCCAUUAAUGGAUUCCUAGUUGAUAGUGGACAGUGAAGCUGUAGGAGAUGAUACUUAGUAAGAGGAAGUAGGUCACCUGAAGCAUACCUUCAAAAGGGACGAUAACUUCCCCCUUAGUUCAGUUGAUUUUCUUAGGCCUUCUUGUCAUCGUAACAAAAAGCUGGCGCGAAGUCUAUAUAACAUGAAUUGGGAUAAUGAGAAUCAUCAGUAUACAACAUUUGAGGCCAGCUGUAAAAUUGUAAAGCGUGUUAUCUUUUACAUAGUUCUUUCUCUAGUUGAAAGCAGUAGAAAAACAACAAAAAAAGUAUUUCUUGGAAUAUUUGACUCUCAAUUUUAAAACAGAAAAGUCCAAUUGCAUUUGGGUUAGUUUUGAAGAGGAGAGGAACUGUGCACAAUGCCAGAUAAGGACUGGUACCCAGAUCACAGCAGGAGCAAAGUUCAGUUUGUCUCAACAAAGCUUUUUUCAGUGUCUAUAUUCUUAGUUUUUGUUUUUAUUUUUAUUCUUGUCAUUGGAGGUUUUGUGGGUAGUGUUAAGACAUUGAGGCUGGCCUCAA